AUGAAGACAUUUAUACCCAUUGAUUUGACAGCAGUAAACCAAGACAUGAACAAGGAGAAAAGCAACACAAAACCAAAGCUUUUAAAAUAUGAAGAGCAAAAAUAUGAAGAAGUCACACCAUCAGAGAAUCAACCAGCUAAAACAGCAGCAGAAAAGGAAACAUUUAGAACAUUAUCUGUACCCUUGAAAUCAGAGGGAACAGAAGAACCAAAGGAUCAUGAUGUGAUAAGGCAUAUUGUUAGGCUAAGAGAAAAGUUUGGCUGGCAAACAAUAUUAUCACAGCACAAUUUGGAAUGCAAAAGUUCUAAAAUUCCAGCUUGGAAGAUUAUUUUAAAGAACCCUUUGAAAGAUGAUGGAGAAUUUGUAUAUUGCCUUCCUCAGAAAAAUCCUAAAGUCCCUUAUAAUCCAUAUGAUCUUCAGGUAGUCUCUGCCCACAGAGCUAGACAUUGCAAAGAAUUUUGGAUUGUUAAUACUUCAUUUAUCUCAAAGAAUAUAAAAAUAGGUGGUGUAGAAGAAAUUGUACUUGUACCUACUUUGGAAUAG